CCAGCAGUUGUCGGGACUUGUUGCACCUCCUGACGUUUAGGAUAUCAUGUCGUUCAUUCUUAUGAAGAAGAAGAGAUUUAAGUUUAAAGUAAACUUCGAGCUGGAGGAGUUGUCCUCGGUCCCCUUCGUGAACGGGGUUCUGUUCUGUAAGAUUAGACUCAUAGAUGGAGGCUUUGCAGAAGAGUCGACUAGGGAGACAGUCCAAGCCAACUGUGUACACUGGAGGAAGAGAUUCUCUUUCAUGUGUAAGAUGAGUGCCAACGCUGGGACAGGUGUACUAGACCCCUGUUUUUGUCGGGUGUCUGUGCGCAAGGAAUUGAAGGGUGGAAAAACGUUUGCAAAGCUGGGCUUUGCUGACUUGAACCUGUCUGAGUUUGCUGGGUCUGGCAGCACUACACGACGGUGUCUCCUAGAGGGAUAUGACACAAAAAACACCAGGCAGGACAACUCAAUUCUGAAGGUUGUCAUCACUACACAACUUAUGUCCGGAGACCCCUGUUUUAAAACUCCCCCAUCUACAGCCAUGACUCUGGGAAACCCACAGGCUGAAGCAGAGUGUCUCCUUGAGGACAGAAAGGGAGGGGACAUGCACAUAACCCAUUUACUCACUGAGACUCCAGUAAAGUCAGUAUCAGUCCCAGAGGAGCUGGUAGCGUACGGUCACUCUAGAACCCCCAGCCAUGCCAGUCAGCAUUCAAAAAUCUCAGGUUACAGCUCGAAUCACUCCAGUUUAACAGAUUUGUGCCAUCGGAGGAGCGCGUCAGGAGGUUCGGCCUCCACAGGCAUCGGCAGCAUCCUGGAAACCCUUGAUCAUCACGGGGAGAGCAGAACCACUCCGCCAGUCUCUGCAACCAGUAACCAUGCGCCUGAACACCCCUCUACCCCUGCUAAAGUUCCACGACAUCCAGUAAAGCAGAACUCAGUGGAGAAUCAGCUGAAGAGAGUUGAUGCCACCAGGGUGGAUGCUGAUGACAUAAUAGAGAAAAUCCUGCAGAGCCAGGACUUCAGCCAUGGCGUCUUUGACUCCAGUGCAGAGGAGGAGGGGCUCAGCUUGUUUGUUGGUCCUGGUGGGAGCACAGCUUUAGGAAGCCAGCAUAUGAGGGUCGCAGCUGGAGCCUUUGAGCAGGUGGUGAUGAAGCGCUAGGCUUUGGGAAGCAUGUGCCUGUCAUGAGGGUGCCAUAUUACACUGAUUCGGGUAUACAAGACUGUGUUGUGGAAGUGCCAUCAGAACCUGCUCUCGCCUCACUCCAGAAGAUUUAAUUUCUCUUAUGCAAUCCCUCUGCAGCUGACCUAGUGUGUCUGUUGACCAGGAGAGCCCCCUAGUGUUCAGGAAGUGGAGAUGAUGGCCACAAUAGAAACAUUUUGAUGACUGACAUUACUGGUGUACUGACAUUUAUGUUGGCCUUCUAUGAAGGCUAUGGAUUAAAACUGUUAUUUUAUAUAUAUUGUUGACCCAUCUCUGUUAUUUAAAAAGUAUGCUUGAAUACCACCCAACAUGUUUUUAUUUUGCUAUGGUUCAUGUUGAUUUAAUCAUUUUACUAGACCUUGAGUGGCUGGAGGGGACUGCGUCCGUUCCAUGUAGUCACAUCAAAUUUAAGUAAUAGAAAACUGACAUUGUGAAAUCUACAGUGGUAACAGCUCCAUUGUGUGUCACCUGGUUCCUCACCUGGUUGUGAGGGAGGAUGACUGCAUUUAAAAUACCAUGAAGUUUUCAUAUUUUUUACCUUCGGUGCCUAUGAUGUCUAUUUUCUCUGUGCAUAUAUCCGUUGUCUGUAAAGUCAUUAUAAAUGGAUGGAAUUUAUUUUUACCACAGAUUUUGUAAAUGUGACAAGUCAUAUCUUAGGUGUGCAAACUAUGUAUGAAUUUAAAGUGGACUGUGGCCCAUGCUGGUUUAAAGAUAACUUUAUGUGAGUUCUAAGAUGUUAGAAUUUUGAUGUUGUAUUUAA